AUGGGAGAGCAUGAACAGGUGAAGGCCUUAGAGACCAGCUCUUGCAAAGUGAAAGUCAAGUCUGCAGCUAUGAUCGCUGACAGUCAGAAGUUCCUGCGUUGUGAGCUGGAGUCGCUGAAAAGCCAGCUGCAGGCCCAGACCAAGGCCUUUGAGUUCCUCAACCAUUCAGUGACCAUGUUGGAGAAAGAGAGCUGCCUACAGCAGAUCAAGAUUCAGCAACUGGAGGAAAUGCUGAACCCCGCCUGUCGCCAGGGAGAGAAGGAGGGUCCUCAGUGGGGCGUGGAGCAGGGACGGCAGGAGUUGUACGGGGCGCUGGCGCAAGGUCUGCAGGGCCUGCAGAAGACCCUGCGAGACAACGAGGAGGUCCAGCGGGCCCGCACCACCCGCUGCCUGCAGCUCCUGGCCCAGGAGAUCCGAGACAGCAAGAAGUUCCUGUGGGAGGAGCUGGAGCUGGUGAGAGAGGAGGUGACUUUUAUCUAUCAGAAGCUCCAGGCCCAGGAGGACGAGAUCUCCGAGAACCUGGCCAACAUCCAGAAGAUGCAGAAGACCCAGGUGAAAUGUCGAAAGGUCCUGACCAAGAUGAAACAGCAAGGGUAUGAGGCACUGGCCUGGAAUGAGAGCGACGAGGCCCCGGGAGGCGGCGGCUGGAAAGAUGACCUGCAGAAGGAGCUGAGCGAUAUAUGGUCUGCCGUGCACGGGCUGCAGAACUCCGUGGACGGCUUCACCAUGUCCACGGGGGCCCGCCCCGUGGCCUCCAGCCUCCGGGGCCACAAAGGACACAGGUGCCUGAGCCCGCAGCUACCUUCCUGGGAUUCGGAUUCGGAUUCUGAACAACAGCCUUUCAACAACAGGCGGUCCUUCCCACCCGCCUGAGCAGCUGGGACUGCUUGCCUCCUGAAGACCCCCCUCACCCCCUGCAGAGCGAGAAAAAAUAAACUAGCAACUAAGGAGAUCCUCCC